CAGUCCCGACUCUAGCACUUCACGACGGCCUGAAGCGUCGUAUGUGUCUCGGAAUAUGUCGUCUUCCACGAACUCGAACGGCGAGCAGCAUCAGCAGGCCCAACAGACUCAACACCCUACAGAGAAAUCUCAGCCGUCCAUCCUGAAAGAGAGACGAUUCAAACUAAGCAGAGCUUGUGAUCGCUGCAGACGGAGGCGAAUCAAAUGCGACGAAGGACACCCAUGCCAGUCCUGCUUAACAUCGAAUUCGUCCUGUACAUUUGAGGAGCCGGGAAAGAGGACUCACCCACACAAGUCCAAAAGGGCAUCUACCCUUGAGGACCGCAUGCACCAUCUGGAAACCCUUAUUCAGGCGAUCCCCCCGGCAGUUUUCGCGGCAGGAGGUGCUUUGAACAGCACUAAUGGUAUGCUACCACCUCCCGUCGAUCCCUCUACGAACCCCCAUGCGUCUUUCGCGUCGUCUACCCACACCUACCCCCUCGGCGUCCCACCACCAUCACUCAACUCCUACCCUCUGAUCAAUCCUUCGACGUUUUUUGGAUCGAGCCAGCCACAGCCGGGCUCGAGACACUCGACCCCGCCUCAGAUGAAUGGCUCAUCCGCGGUCGAGCGCUUAACCGUGGAGACCGCGCGAAUGUCCCUGUCCCCAACAUACCUCUAUUUUGACGACGAAGGCUACACUCGGUGGCAGGGCGAGACGUCAGGUUUACCUCUUCUCGAUCUCUUAGUCGAGCAGCAUAAGGUCGUCACGAAGCAGGAGACCGAGCCGCCAAACCUCCAAAAUCCAUGGCCAGUGCCCAGCGUACAGGCCGUGAACGAAUGGUUUCCUGACCGAACGCCUCAACGACAAGAGACCAACCCCGAGGUUAUCUGGAAGCUCAUCACAUCCUUCAUUCCACCAGAUCUCAUGGACAGCCUAGUGCAGUGCUAUCUCUCUACAUCGUAUUAUCUCCUGCCGUUCCUACAUGUUCCGACGUUCCUCGCAGACUAUGGGAACCCAUCCAAAUGGGGCGAACCUGGAUUCGCAGCGCUAAUCGUCGCUAUAUGCUGUCUCUCAUCGCGGCACAUCGACGACCCAAGAGUACGCUCUGACCCCAAUGAUGGUAACUCUGCAGGAACGCAGUGGUUCGAACUCUUUGGCCGCCUACGAACGUUGCCAUCUGCGGACCGACCGACGGUCUACACCGUGCAGUCCGUCCUUGUCGCCGGUGUCUAUGCAGUGGGCUUGGGCAAACUUUCGAAAGCGUUCGCACUUCUGGCCGAAUCUAUUACACUUUCGUUAGACACGGGCCUACACCGCUCUGCAGACGCAUAUGACGUUUUCGAUCCAAUCGAGGACGAGGUUCGUAAACGCACGUUUUGGUGCGUUUACCUCUGGGACAAGCAGGCCGCGUCACACUUCGGCCGGCCGCCAAUGAUCCGCUUGCGCGACUGCGACAUCGGCGAGCCCGCGAUGGUCGACGACGAGCUUAUCACGCGCGAAGGGAUCGGCAUCCAGCCGGCAGAGCACCAGAGCCGCAUGGCCGCCUUCGUCUCGCUUCUGCGCGUGUUCGUCGUGCUCGAAUCCAUCCUCGACGGGCCACCGUCCAGACACUUUGGCGACAACUCUCCGUUCCUGACGCGGGCCACGAGCAUCCUGAGCGGCUUCCGGCGGCACACAGAACUCCGCGAGGAGGAGGCGCUCCUCGACGACAUUGUCAAGAGCGUCCCGCCGUUCUGGGCGCACUCAGUCGAAACCAUGGCGAGCGGCGAUGUGCUGCGCGUCACACAGGCGGAGCGCAUUCAUUGCGCGGAGCAGUUCGUGCGGAUGCUGCUCCUUCGACACCGCUUCUCAGAGAUGGUCGCCGAGCGUGCCUUUAGAGGACAGGACGCCGAGGAGCAAAGCGAGGCCGAAUGCGAAGCGAUGCGGGCCGCCCAAGAGUGCGCCAUGCAGAUAAUCUCGUCGCACUUGCAGGUCGCGGGGAAAGGUCUCAUGACAUACUAUGGUGUACAUGUCAUCCAUCAGCUGACAGCUGCAGGGCGCACGCUAGUGGCAAUCCUGAUCAACUGCCGUACAGAGUCUCUGCGACCGCUCAUCCAGCCGUCGUUGGAGGCGCUACGGUCAUGCGUUGGUCUGCUGAAGCGUUUCAGUGGACGGUAUGUCUGCGGUCUCCGCUCGGGCGACUUGAUGGAAGAGUUUUGUCGAUUGACCCAAAUCCCGCUUGACUCGCCCCGGCCCGACGGAACACAAUCUGGGAAGCCGCGCCCGCCAUGGAUUCGUCCCAUCCGCAAGAAGACGCUACGAACAGGAGGCUCGAACGAUUCAACGUCGCAGCACAGCAGCCCUGAGGCCUUCUCACCGUCUGACGCCUUCCUUGACCUGUCAUCCGCAACCGUUAAGAUGAACUCGCCGCCGCCGAGCGGGCCUUUCGCGAAUGGCAAAGCGGCGUACGUUGGCAGCACGCCGGGGUCUACGUUCAUGGACACGGGUGGGAUGGACGUCUCGUCCGACGCAGCGAUGGCGAUGAACCCGUCGGACCUGUUGGCCAUGUUCAACGUACCAGGCGGCAGCGACAUUGAUGUUGCUCUACUCAUGUCGCCGCGGAUGAAUAAUCAGAAUCUCGAAGACCCUUCGUCGCCGACUUCAUUCUUCAGCAUCGGACCUGUACCUGGGCCGUCAGGAAGCAUCCUCUCGCCUGCGCUUUAGUUGUGUACCUCCUCGAGCUGUUGUUGUAUCAUUAUUGCUUUGGUGUGUAGGUGGUAAGUGCCUUGUAUCGUUGGGUAAAUAUCUGUACUUUACAUAAUGCACUCAAAAUACACGGCCUCGUGUUGUACCC